CGCGCAGCGCCAGUGACAGUCGCCAUUUUAUUUUGAAAAUCAAACUGCACUUGGAGGCACCGCGACCCUCUUCCAUUUCGCCCAAGUUUGGUUGGAGAGAACGAAGGAGGAAUGAGCCACUGAAUCACUCUCGUGGGAGUACGGUGAGAUUUGGAAUAUAUCCCAGCGGACAAGUACCUCUGUCGCUCUGGUUUACGUUCAUUUUAACGCGAACGGGAGCGAUUUGAAAUCAACAGGACGGCAAUUAGCCACCAGCGUCGGGGAUGGACUAUUUACUGGAAUGCAGCUGUCAUACAUUAUCAAAACGCUGAAUCUCAUUUUAAACUGAAAGACUACCUGGGACCUGGAGCCGCCGACAGAACAUCUUAUUUGGACGGCACCUUUUUUUCACACCUUUUUUUUUUUUGGGGGGGGGGGGAAGUAACCUAUCACUGAAGGGACAAAAGGGGAAUAAUGGUGAUUUUGCGCCGUGCUCGGCCGCCUGCUUCCGCCCCAACCAGCAAUGAAUCUUGACUCGCUCUCGCUGGCUUUGUCUCAAAUCAGCUAUCUGGUGGACAAUUUGACAAAGAAAAACUACAGAGCCAGCCAGCAAGAAAUACAACAUAUUGUAAAUCGUCACGGUCCUGAGGCAGACAGGCAUCUACUUCGCUGUCUUUUCUCACAUGUGGAUUUCAGUGGCGAUGGUAAAAGCAGCGGCAAGGAUUUUCACCAGACACAGUUUCUGAUCCAGGAGUGUGUGUCGCUCAUAUCAAAGCCCAACUUUAUUUCGACUCUGUGCUACGCCAUUGACAGUCCCCUGCACUACCAAAAGAGUUUGAAACCAUCUGUCCAUUUAUUCACUCAACUAAGUAAAGUUCUUAAGCUCAGCAAGGUCCAAGAGGUGAUAUUUGGGCUCGCGCUACUCAACUCCUGCAGCACAGAUCUUCGGUCAUUUGCUGCACAGUUCAUUAAGCAGAAGCUUCCCGACCUCCUGCGGUCAUACAUUGACGCAGAUCUCGGCGGAAACCAAGAAGGUGGUUUCCAAGACAUCGCUAUAGAGGUCUUACACCUACUACUAUCCCAUUUACUGUUUGGCCAGAAGGGAGCUAGUGGUGUCGGACAGGAGCAGAUUGACGCGUUCUUGAAGACACUGUGCCGAGAUUUCCCGCAGGAGCGCUGCCCUGUGGUGCUCGCACCACUGUUAUACCCUGAAAAACGGGACAUUCUCAUGGACAGGAUCCUGCCUGACUCGGGGGAGUUAGCCAAGACCAUAAUGGAGAGUUCUCUUGCGGAGUUCAUGCAGGAAGUAGGCUACGGCUUCUGUGCCAGUGUGGACGAGUGCAGAAACAUCAUCCACCAGUAUGGGGUGAGGGAGGUGACAGCCAGCCAGGUAGCCAGGGUCCUGGGCAUGAUGGCUCGUACACACUCUGGCCUAACUGAUGGUAUCCCCCUACAGUCCAUCUCUGCUCCUGGAAGUGGCAUCUGGAGUGAUGGAAAGGAUAAGAACGAUGGCUCACAGGCACACACGUGGAAUGUUGAGGUGCUUAUUGACGUAGUUAAAGAAGUGAAUCCAAACUUGAACUUCAAAGAGGUGACGUACGAACUGGAUCACGCAGGAUUCCUCAUCCGGGACAGUAAGGGCCUCCAUAUAGUGGUGUACGGCAUUCAGCGGGGUUUGGGCAUGGAGGUUUUUCCAGUUGAUCUCAUAUAUCGGCCAUGGAAACACGCAGAAGGACAGUUAUCAUUCAUUCAACACUCUCUAAUGAGCCCCGAAGUGUUCUGCUUUGCCGACUACCCUUGCCACACAGUGGCUAUCGACAUUCUUAAAGCGCCACCGGAGGAUGACAACAGGGAGAUUGCAACAUGGAAAAGUCUGGAUUUGGUGGAAAGCCUCCUUAGGCUAUCAGAGGUUGGCCAGUACGAGCAGGUGAAGCAACUCUUCAGCUUCCCCAUCAAGCACUGCCCGGAUAUGCUGGUUCUGGCAUUGCUGCAGAUCUCGACCUCCUGGCACACACUGCGCCAUGAGCUCAUCUCUACCCUAAUGCCCACCUUUCUGGGCAACCACCCGAACUCUGCUAUCAUCCUGCACUAUGCCUGGCAUGGACAGGGCCAGUCUCCUUCCAUCCGUCAGUUAAUUAUGCAUUCAAUGGCUGAGUGGUAUAUGAGAGGUGAGCAGUAUGACCAAGCCAAGUUGUCUCGUAUCCUGGAUGUGGCCCAAGACUUGAAGUCUCUCUCGAUGCUGCUGAAUGGUACUCCAUUUGCCUUUGUUAUUGACCUUGCUGCACUUGCCUCUCGCCGUGAAUACCUCAAACUUGAUAAAUGGUUGACUGACAAAAUUAGAGAGCACGGGGAACCUUUUAUCCAAGCUUGCGUCACAUUCCUGAAGAGGCGAUGCCCAUCCAUUAUGGGGGGUCUGGCCCUAGACAAGGACCAGCCUAAAAGCUCUCAGUUGCCUCCAGAGACCUUAGCCACCAUGCUGGCCUGUCUUCAGUCUUGCGCUGGGAGUGUUUCGCAAGAGCUGUCCGAGACUAUCCUGACCAUGGUUGCAAACUGCAGCAAUGUUAUGAACAAAGCCCGGCAGCCACCACCUGGAGUCAUGCCUAAAGGUCGGGCCCCGAGCACCAGCAGCCUGGAUGCCAUUUCCCCUGUUCAGAUGGACCCUCUCACAGGCAUGGGCUCCUUGAACCUGGGUGGCACGGCCACCUCCCACACUCAGAGCAUGCAGGGUUUCCCCACCUCCCUUAGUUCAGCGUUCAGUAAUCCCCAAUCGCCAGCAAAGGCAUUUCCACCACUCUCAAACACCAAUCCAAGCACACCAUUUGGGGGUAUUGGCAGCUUGUCCUCGCAGCUCCCUGGUAUGGACUCUGGUCCCUUGGGCUCGGGCAUCGGCACCGGUAUUGGUUCUAGUCUUGGAAUGCCAGCAGUAAGCACUGAUCCAUUUGGCACCAGGAAAAUGAGCACACCAAGCCUGAACCCACCUACCUUCCAGCAGAGUAAGAUGAAGGCCUCUGACCUUUCUCAGGUUUGGCCUGAGGCAAACCAGCACUUUAGCAAGGAGAUAGAUGAUGAAGCCAACAGUUACUUCCAGCGCAUCUACAACCACCCACCUCACCCGACUAUGUCUGUGGACGAAGUUCUAGAGAUGCUACAGCGGUUCAAAGAUUCCACCAUCAAACGGGAGCGAGAAGUGUUCAAUUGUAUGCUUCGAAACUUGUUUGAGGAGUACCGCUUCUUCCCCCAAUAUCCGGACAAGGAGCUCCACAUCACGGCCUGCCUGUUUGGUGGCAUCAUUGAGAAAGGUCUUGUCACCUACAUGGCCCUUGGCCUGGCACUCCGAUACGUGCUUGAAGCCUUAAGAAAACCAUACGGAUCUAAAAUGUAUUACUUUGGAAUCGCAGCCCUAGACCGGUUCAAAAACAGAUUGAAGGACUACCCCCAGUAUUGUCAACAUCUUGCAUCAAUUGCACAUUUUUUGCAAUUUCCCCACCAUUUACAAGAGUGUGUGCAGUAUAUUGAGUAUGGCCAACAGUCACGGGACCCCCCGGUGAAGAUGCAAGGCUCCAUCACCACCCCAGGCAGUCUGGCGCUGGCACAGGUUCAAGCCCAAGCUCAAUCACAGCAACCCGGUGUCCCAAAAGCACCGCAACCAGGACAAACGAGCACCCUAGUCACAACCACUACGACCACUACCACCGCUGCUAAGACCACUACCAUCACAAGGCCAACACCCAGCAGCUUCAAGAAGGAUGUGCCUCCCUCCAUAAACACUACAAAUAUUGACACUCUACUGGUGGCUACUGACCAAACAGAAAGGAUUGUAGAACCUCCAGAGAAUGUUCAAGAGAAGAUUGCGUUCAUCUUCAAUAACCUUUCUCAGUCAAACAUGACACAAAAGGUAGAGGAGUUGAAAGAGACCGUGAAGGAAGAGUUCAUGCCAUGGGUGUCUCAGUAUCUGGUGAUGAAGCGUGUCAGCAUUGAGCCUAAUUUUCACAGUCUUUACUCCAACUUUCUGGACACACUGAAGAAUCCUGAGUUUGUCAAAAUGGUCCUCACGGAGACGUACAGAAACAUCAAGGUUUUGUUGACAUCUGACAAGGCUGCUGCCAAUUUCUCUGAUCGCUCAUUGCUGAAGAACCUGGGCCACUGGCUGGGCAUGAUUACACUGGCCAAAAACAAGCCUAUUCUCUAUACAGAUCUGGAAAUUAAGUCUCUGCUACUGGAAGCCUAUGUGAAAGGCCAGCAGGAGCUCCUUUACGUAGUUCCCUUUGUGGCCAAAGUUUUGGAGUCCAGUCUGCGAAGCAUUGUUUUCAGGCCCCAGAACCCUUGGACCAUGGCCAUCAUGAAUGUUCUCGCUGAGCUACAUCAAGAACAUGACCUCAAGCUUAACCUAAAAUUUGAGAUUGAAGUUCUUUGUAAGAACUUGUCUCUGGACAUCAAUGACCUGAAGCCAGGGAACCUGUUGAAGGACAAGGACAAGCUUAAGAGUCUUGAGGAGCAGCUGUCUGCACCAAAGAAAGAAGCAAAGCCUCCAGAUGAGAUGCUCCCAGUUUCUACAUCAGGAGACUUUGUUCCGUUUUCAGCACCACCCUCCACACCAGCUGCCACCACCACCCCUUGCACAACCACGGGGCCCCCCACCCCACAAUUCAGUUAUCACGACAUUAAUGUGUACGCCUUGGCAGGCCUGGCACCACACAUUAAUAUAAAUGCCAACAUCCCUCUUCUACAAGCCCAUCCUCAGUUGAAGCAGUGUGUGAGGCAAUCAGUUGAGCGCGCCGUCCAGGAGCUGGUGCAUCCCGUGGUUGACCGCUCUAUCAAAAUCGCUAUGACGACAUGUGAGCAAAUCAUCCGGAAGGACUUCGCUCUGGAUUCAGAGGAGUCCCGCAUGCGUGUGGCGGCACACCACAUGAUGAGGAACCUGACUGCCGGCAUGGCCAUGAUCACCUGUCGAGAGCCCCUACUCGUCAGCAUUGCCGCUAAUCUCAAGAACAGUUUUGCGGCUGCGCUAAGGGCGGCAACUCCCCAACAGAGGGAAAUGAUGGAGGAGGCUGCAGCGAGGGUUGCUCAGGAGAACUGUGAACUGGCAUGUUGCUUUAUUCAGAAGACCGCUGUGGAGAAGGCUGGCCCUGAAAUGGACAAGAGGCUUGCCACGGAAUUUGAACUCAGGAAGCAUGCACGCCAAGAAGGGCGCCGUUACUGUGAUCCAGUUGUUUUGACUUACCAGGCUGAACGUAUGCCUGAGCAGAUAAGACUAAAGGUGGGAGGAGUCGACCCAAAGCAGCUUGCUGUGUAUGAGGAGUUUGCAAGGAAUGUUCCCGGUUUCUUACCCAGUAAUGAUCUUUCUCAACCAACGGGGUUCCUGGCUCAGCCAAUGAAGCAACAAGCGUGGGCCACGGAUGAUGUUGCACAAAUCUAUGACAAGUGCAUGGCAGACUUGGAGCAGCAUCUUCACGCCAUCCCUCAGGCGCUUUCCAUGAACCCCCUGACCCAAGCCCUGCGCAGCCUGCUCGAGGCUGUGGCCUUGGCAAGAAACUCCAGGGAUGGUAUUGCAGCUCUUGGACUGCUGCAGAAGGCUGUGGAAGGCCUUCUGGAUGCCACAAGCGGGGCUGAUAAUGACUUGCUUCUCCGUUAUCGGGAGUGCCACCUGCUGGUUCUGAAAGCCCUCCAGGAUGGGCGCGCAUACGGACCACAGUGGUGCAACAAACAAAUCACCAGGUGUCUGAUUGAAUGCCGGGAUGAGUACAAGUACAAUGUCGAGGCGGUGGAGCUUUUGAUCCGAAAUCAUCUUGUGAAUAUGCAGCAGUACGAUCUGCACCUAGCCCAGUCAAUGGAAAAUGGACUCCACUACAUGGCGGUGGCAUUUGCCAUGCAGUUAGUGAAGCUCCUGCUGGUGGAUGAGCGCAGUGUGAGCCAUGUCACUGAAGCGGAUCUCUUCCACACCAUUGAGACUUUAAUGAGGACCUGUGCGCACUCUCGAGCAAAUGCGCCAGAAGGUCUUCCCCAGCUGAUGGAUGUUGUUCGCUCCAACUACGAGGCCAUGAUUGACCGGGCCCACGGUGGUCCAAACUUCAUGAUGCACUCUGGGAUUUCCCAGGCUUCGGAGUACGAUGAUCCCCCCGGCCUGAGGGAGAAGGCGGAGUAUCUUCUGAGGGAAUGGGUCAACCUGUACCACUCGGCUGCUGCUGGCCGGGACAGCACCAAAGCAUUCUCUGCCUUUGUUGGCCAGAUGCACCAGCAGGGUAUCCUGAAGACGGACGACCUGAUCACGCGCUUCUUCCGGCUUUGCACCGAGAUGUGUGUGGAGAUCAGUUACCGCGCACAGGCUGAACAACAGCACAACCCAGCAGCCAGCGCAGCAAUCAUCAGAGCAAAGUGCUACCACAAUCUGGACGCCUUUGUUCGACUCAUAGCUCUCCUCGUCAAACACUCUGGAGAGGCCUCCAACACCGUGACCAAGAUCAACCUCCUCAACAAGGUGCUGGGAAUCGUUGUUGGGGUUUUGAUCCAGGACCAUGAUGUCCGUCAGACGGAAUUCCAGCAGCUGCCCUACCACCGCAUUUUCAUCAUGCUACUGUUGGAGCUCAAUGCUCCCGAGCACGUUCUGGAGACCAUCAACUUCCAGACGCUCACCGCCUUCUGCAACACCUUUCACAUACUGAGACCCACCAAAGCACCCGGUUUUGUGUACGCUUGGCUUGAACUGAUCUCCCAUCGCAUCUUCAUCGCCCGCAUGCUUGCGCACACGCCACAGCAGAAGGGUUGGCCCAUGUAUGCACAGUUGCUCAUUGAUCUGUUCAAGUACCUGGCACCUUUCUUGCGGAAUGUAGAGCUCAACAAACCUAUGCAAAUCCUCUACAAGGGCACACUGAGAGUACUGCUGGUCCUGUUGCAUGACUUCCCAGAGUUCUUGUGUGAUUACCAUUAUGGGUUCUGUGACGUGAUCCCACCCAACUGCAUUCAGCUACGCAACCUCAUCCUGAGUGCCUUUCCACGCAACAUGAGGCUCCCUGACCCUUUCACACCCAAUCUCAAGGUGGACAUGCUGAGUGAGAUCAACAUCGCUCCUCGCAUCCUCACCAACUUCACAGCUGUCAUGCCUUCCCAGUUCAAGAAGGAUUUGGACUCCUAUCUCAAAACACGUUCUCCGGUCACUUUCCUCUCAGAGCUGCGCAGCAAUCUACAAGUUUCAAAUGAGCCAGGAAACCGCUACAAUAUCCAGCUGAUCAACGCCUUAGUGUUGUAUGUGGGCACGCAGGCCAUCGCGCACAUCCACAACAAGGGCAGCACGCCCUCCAUGAGCACCAUCACCCACUCUGCACACAUGGACAUCUUCCAGAACCUGGCUGUGGAUCUGGACACAGAGGGACGUUACCUGUUCUUGAACGCCAUCGCCAAUCAGCUGCGCUACCCGAACAGCCACACGCAUUAUUUCAGCUGCACCAUGCUCUAUCUGUUUGCUGAGGCAAACACAGAGGCCAUCCAGGAGCAGAUCACCAGGGUCCUGUUGGAGAGGCUGAUCGUGAACCGGCCUCACCCAUGGGGUCUCCUCAUCACCUUCAUCGAGCUCAUCAAGAAUCCGGCCUUCAAGUUCUGGAGCCAUGACUUCGUGCACUGUGCCCCCGAGAUUGAAAAGUUGUUCCAGUCAGUGGCUCAGUGCUGCAUGGGCCAGAAGCAGGCCCAGCAGGUGAUGGAAGGAACCGGUGCCAGCUAGCCUGGCUCUCAUUCAGCUUGUAGCCCUCGGGAGAGACGACGCGCGCACACACACAAACACCUCCCCCUUCACUGUUGGCAGCACUGGAUAAACUGGCAACCACAGUCUUUAAGAAAUGUGGAUUUAAGGACUACUUCUCCAGGUUUUUAAGAUUUACAUUUUCUUUUGUUGAUCCCUUUUGGAGCAAAGUCUAGAAGGAAACAAUGGAUGUGAGGAAUGCUGUUUAAAUACUGUUUUGAUGCUUUGAUGUAAAUAAUGGGGGGGAAAGGGAGAUUCGAUAAGAGUGGGGAAUGUCGAAAAAAUUGUACACUGACAUGUAAAAAAAAAAAAAAAAAAAAAAAAUCUGAACAUAUUUCACUCUUACCAAAGUUUUUGGUUUGCUUCCCUCAAAUCUUUUUUGCCCCUCACUUUGUUUGCUCUCAGAAGCUGAAAGCUAAAAAUGAUUGAAGAUAUUUUUUAUUUUAUUUUUUUUCUCCCUCUGUGUCCUUAAGUGGACCCGAAGAUGUAGUUUAGUCUCCAGGGGGGCUGUCGUGUUUGUGGUGUGUCGGGUGGAGAUGGUUUACUGAUGGGUGGUGCUGACACAUCUCUCUCCCUGGCACUUGUAAAAUUGUUCAAAGUUAAAAUGGUUGACCUUGUAUCUUGACAAUUUGUACAAAGAUUCAAAUUGAAGAACAACAGAAGGACCAAUACAACGCAUUUUGUAACAUUUUGAAUGUUUUGUAAAUGUAUUGGUCCAUGUGUAUUUUGUAGUCCUUUCUAGUUUGCCUUUAGUUCUUGCUACUUAAUUGCAGUCUGCGUACAUACAAUUAAUAAAGCAUUCAAACUGCAAA